AUGAAAGUGCUGGUUAUCGGUGGCGGCGUCGCAGGUCUGGCUGCGGCUGGAGCUGCUAAAUCAAUGGGUGCCAUAGUCAGAGGAUUCGACACCAGACCCGCAGCACUGGAGCAGUUCAAGUCGUUCGGAGCGGAGCCGCUGGAGAUACACAUCGCAGAGUCGGGCGAAGGCCUCGGAGGAUACGCCAAAGAAAUGUCUAAAGAGUUCCUGGAGGCCGAGAUGAGUCUGUUUGCCAAACAGUGCAAGGACGUCGACAUCGUCAUCAGCACGGCUCUGAUUCCUGGUAAAAGAGCUCCAGUGCUGAUCAAGCGUGAGAUGGUGGAGAGCAUGCGUGACGGGUCGGUGGUGGUGGAUCUGGCGGCGGAGGCCGGAGGAAACAUUGAGACCACUAAUCCCGGAGAGCUGUACGUCCAUCAGGGCGUGACACACAUCGGCUACACGGAUCUGCCCAGCCGGAUGCCCACACAGGCCAGCACACUCUACUCCAACAACAUCAUCAAGCUGCUGAAGGCCAUCAGCCCCGACAAAGAGCUCUUCCAGUUUGAGCCCUGCGAUGAGUUUGAUUACGGCACGCUGGAUCACGUGAUCAGAGGGACGAUGGUGAUGAAGCAAGGUAAGAAUCUUUUUCCCGCGCCGCUACCGAAAACCACCCCGCCGCCGCCACCUGCCAAGCUGAAGAGCGUCGCCGAGCUGGAGGCGGAGAAACAGGCCGAAAUAUCCCCGUUUAGACAGACCAUGACAUCAGCGGGAGUCUAUACAGCAGGUCUCUCGACCGUGAUGGGUUUGGGUAUCGCCUCUCCUAAUGCUGCCUUCACUCAGAUGGUGACGACCUUUGGCCUCGCUGGAAUUGUGGGAUAUCACACGGUGUGGGGCGUGACUCCGGCGCUGCACUCUCCGCUGAUGUCAGUGACCAACGCCAUCUCAGGUGAGGCUCACGCAGAUACACCUGAACAUAUAAGUGUGUGUGUCUGUCACUUGAUCUGCUCUUCAGGUGGGUUCCUGAUCACACAGAGGAUGCUGGACAUGUUUAAGAGGCCCACGGACCCUCCGGAGCACAACUACCUCUAUUCUCUGCCUGGCCUGGCGUUUGUGGGAGGAUACGGGGCGUCUCUGGCCGGAGGAUACAGCAUCGAGCAGAUGAUGUAUCUGGGCUCGGGUCUGUGUUGUGUCGGCGCUCUGGCUGGACUCUCGGCUCAGCGCACCAGUCGUCUGGGUAAUGCGCUGGGAAUGAUCGGGGUGGCAGGAGGAAUCGUAGCUACACUGGGCGCUCUGAAGCCCUCGCCCGAGCUCCUGUCGCAGAUGUCCCUCGCCAUGGCAACAGGUGGAACUCUGGGUCUGACCAUUGCCAAGCGCAUCGAGAUCUCAGAUCUGCCUCAGCUGGUCGCUGCGUUCCACAGUCUGGUGGGUCUGGCAGCGGUUCUCACCUGCGUCGCCGAGUUCAUGAUCGAGCAGCCGCACCUGGACGCUCAUCCGUCCGCCAGCGUGCUGAAGAUCGUGGCGUAUCUGGGCACCUACAUCGGCGGAGUGACCUUCAGCGGCUCUCUGGUCGCCUACGGAAAGUUACAAGGUUUGUUGGACUCGGCUCCUCUGCUGCUGCCGGGCCGUCACAUGCUGAACGCGGGUCUGAUGGCGGCGUCGGUGGGCGGGAUGGUGCCCUUCAUGCUGAGUGACAGCUUUAACAUGGGCAUGGGCUGCUUGCUGGGCGUCUCCGGCCUCUCCACCGUCAUGGGUGUGACGCUCACUGCAGCCAUCGGAGGAGCCGAUAUGCCCGUGGUGAUCACGGUGUUGAACAGUUACUCCGGAUGGGCGCUGUGUGCCGAGGGAUUCCUGCUGGACAACAACCUCAUGACCAUCGUGGGCGCUCUGAUCGGCUCGUCCGGUGCCAUCCUGUCCUACAUCAUGUGUGUGGCCAUGAACCGCUCGCUGCCAAACGUCAUUAUGGGAGGAUACGGAACCUCGUCCACUGCCGGCGGGAAACCCAUGGAGAUCGUCGGCACACACACUGAGAUCAACGUGGAACAGUCGAUCGAGAUGAUCAAAGAGGCCAACAGCAUCAUCAUAACGCCUGGCUGGGGUCUGUGUGCGGCCAAGGCUCAGUAUCCCAUCGCUGACAUGGUGAAGAUGUUGAGAGAGCAGGGCAAGACUGUGAGGUUCGGGAUUCACCCGGUGGCGGGCCGCAUGCCUGGACAGCUCAAUGUGCUUCUGGCCGAAGCUGGCGUCCCGUACGACGUCGUUCUAGAGAUGGACGAGAUCAACGAGGAUUUCCCAGAAGCUGACCUGGCGCUCGUGAUCGGAGCCAACGACACGGUCAACUCAGCCGCGCAGGAGGAUCCCAACUCCAUCAUCGCCGGGAUGCCUGUGCUGGAAGUCUGGAAGUCCAAACAGGUGAUCGUGAUGAAGCGUACUCUGGGUGUGGGAUACGCAGCGGUGGACAAUCCCAUCUUCUACAAGCCCAACACUGCUAUGCUGCUGGGAGACGCCAAGAAGACCUGCGACAGUUUACAGGCCAAAAUCAGAGAGGCCUACUACUAACACACAGCUCCAGACACAUGCACAAGAACACACUUUAUUACACAUUAAAGUGCCUUAAAAACAAGAAGCCAAUCAGCGAAUGCAUGCAGCUUUGACUUGUAAAUAAAAGUAUUUAAAUCUCAA